AUGACGACAAACGGCACAAAAUCACCACUCCGCAUCGUCGUCGGCUCCGACAACGCCGGCCACGCCUACAAGACGGCGCUCAAGGAGACUCUCAAGAAACACUCGGGCGUGACCCAAGUUCUGGACGUGGGGGUGGUAAACGCCGACGACGCGACGGCAUACCCCCAUCUCGCGGUUGAUGCGUGCAAGAAGAUCAAGUCAGGCGAGGCCGAUCGAGCCCUCUUGAUCUGCGGCACGGGUCUCGGCGUCGCCAUCUCAGCCAACAAGGUCGAGGGAAUCCGCGCCGUGACGGCCCACGACCCGUACAGCGUCGAGCGCAGCGUCCUCUCCAACAACGCCCAGGUGCUGUGUUUCGGACAGCGCGUCAUCGGCCUCGAGCUGGCCAAGAAGCUCGUCGACGAGUGGGUCGAGUUGAGAUUCGACGAGAAGAGCGCCUCGGCGGAAAAGGUCGCCGACAUUUCAAAGUACGAAGAAAAGUUCGGAGAGCUAUAG